AUGCUCGACACAUUCGAAAUUGUCACCACAACGGGAGUGGUGCUCUGGUCGCGAACUCUGACCCCGGUCAGUCCCUCGGUCAUCAACAGCUUUAUCUCAGAUGUUUUUAUAGAAGAGAAAGCCGGCGCCGGUAGCACACGCGAGAGCAGUUCGGCUUCAUCCAACCCACCCUACCGGACCGACAGCCAUACUCUGCGGUGGGCCUUCGUCAAGGAGCUCGGCCUAAUCUUCGUUGCCGUAUACCGAUCUCUCUUCCACCUAUCAUGGAUCGACAAGCUCGUUGACAACAUCCGCGCCAUAUUCGUCAACCUAUACGGCGAACAGUUGACCAAGCCCAACACGACGAUCGUAGACUGCGCGGGGUUCGACGAUUACUUCAACCAACAGGUCAGGGAGCUCGAAGGCGCAAAGGAGUCCAGGGCUUCUGAGACUGCGCGCCCACUCGAGGAUUCUUUCGUGUCCGGUAAUCUCGGCGUGGAACCACCACUCCCGUCCGCGCCGGGGCUGCAUCAUCGGGGCAACCGUGCUGGCGCCGCCGCCCAGGACAAGUCGGUCGAUUCGAGCCCCGUCGCAUCCCCGACAGGUUCGCGCCCCGCCACCCCCGGCACUGGCGCAAACCACCUCCUCGUUGCCAAGGCAGGCCCGCUGGCGAAGAUGUCGCGCAGGGCGCGCAAGGCACAAUCGGCCAACACAUCGGGAGAUGAGACUUCACCGGCGCGGAAAGCCAAGGCUAAAGCGACUGGGAAGAAGGGGAGAAAGUGGGACGCCGACGGCCUGGCAAUAGAAGAGGAUGAUGUGCAGCUUGACUAUUCCCAGGCGAGUGCUGCUAGCGACAUUGAUGAUGGAGUCGGCAGGUCUUCUGCUCUUGAAGAGGUUGACGCUGCUACAUGGGGCACCAAGACCAAGGGCAAGUUCGUGCUCAGGGACUUGGGUGACGAGGUGCAUUCCAUUCUGGAAUCGGAGAAGAACAAAGCCCAGGCGAACUCGUCAGCCAAGCAGGAUGCUGGACUUAUUGGGUCCAGUCUCAGCACGAUAGGGGGUUUAUUCAGGAACGUCGUCGGAGGCAAGGUUCUGACAAGGGAAGAUCUGGACAAGGCCAUGAAGGGCAUGGAAGAUCAUUUGUUGCGCAAGAACGUAGCGCGCGAGGCCGCCGUCAGGCUAUGUGAGGGUGUUGAGAAGGAACUCGUCGGAGUGAAGACGGGGAGCUUUGAGAGCAUAAAUACUCGAGUACAGGCUGCGAUGGAAGCAUCUCUCACGCGGAUGCUGACCCCAACCUCUUCACUCGACCUCCUACGUGAGAUCGACUCGGUCACGCAACCUCCUGUGACGUCUCUCCGCAAACCGCGACCAUACGUCAUGUCUAUCGUGGGUGUCAACGGUGUCGGGAAAUCCACCAACCUUUCCAAGAUCUGCUUCUUCCUUUUGCAGAACAAGUACAAGGUCCUCAUCGCGGCUGGAGAUACCUUCCGUUCCGGUGCAGUCGAGCAGUUGGCGGUUCACGUCCGCAACCUCAAGGAGCUCACCACACGUGAGGGUGGCCAAGUCGAGCUCUAUCAAAAGGGAUACGGCAAAGAUGCGGCGGCUGUGGCAAAGGAUGCCGUGAGCCAUGCUGCGCAGGAAGGGUUUGAUGUCGUCCUCAUCGACACGGCAGGAAGGAGGCAUAACGACCAGAGGCUCAUGUCGUCGCUGGAGAAGUUUGCCAAAUUUGCGCAACCGGACAAGAUUUUGAUGGUUGGAGAGGCCCUUGUCGGAACGGACUCGGUCGCUCAAGCGCGCAACUUCAACGCAGCCUUUGGAUCAGGCCGGUCUCUAGAUGGUUUCAUCAUUUCCAAGUGCGAUACAGUCGGCACAAUGGUAGGAACACUGGUGAGUAUCGUGCAUGCGACCAAUGUUCCUGUCCUAUUUGUCGGAGUUGGACAGCACUAUUCAGACUUGCGUAACUUUUCCGUCAAGUGGGCAGUGGAGAAGCUUCUCAGUAACGAUUGA